AAGGUGUGCUCUGAAAAGAAAAUGUUCCAGAUCCAAACCAUGCUCCUGAGAGCCCUCUCCCUGGCUUUCCUGCUGAGUCUUCAAGGAGCUGGGGCCAUCGAGGUGGACCAUGUGUCAACUUUUGCCAUGUUUGCACAGACCAAUGCACCAACGGGGGAGUUUAUGUUUGAGUUUGAUGAGGAUGAGAUGCUCUACGUGGAUCGGGACAAGAAGGAGACAAUCUGGCAACUGUCUGAGUUUGGCCGAGGACUUUCCUUUGAUUUUCAGGGCGGGCUGACUAAUAUUGCUAUAGUAAAGUCAAACUUGGAUAUCAUGAUAGAGCGCUCCAAUCGCACCCAGGCCGCCAAUGAACCUCCCGAGGUGGUUGUGUUUCCCAAGGAGCCGGUGGAGCUGGGCCAGCCCAACACCCUCAUCUGCCACGUGGACAGAUUCUUCCCUCCAGUGCUCCAUGUCACAUGGCUGCGCAACGGGCAGCCUGUCACAGAAGGUGUUUCCGAGAGCAUCUUCCUGCCACGCACAGAUUACACGUUCCACAAGUUCCACUACCUGACCUUCCUUCCUACGGCCGAGGACUUCUAUGACUGCAAGGUGGAGCACUGGGGCCUGCAGGAGCCCAGCCUCAAUCACUGGGAGGCCCAGGAGCCGGUCCAGGUGACAGAGGCGACGGAGACUGUGGUCUGUGCCCUGGGCCUGGUGGUGGGCCUGGUGGGCAUCAUCACGGGCACCCUGCUUAUCACCAGGGCUCUGCGCUCCAGUCGUGACCCCCGGGCCAGGGGACCCCUGUGA